AUGGCGCCCUCAUCAUCACCGCUGCCGGGCCGUCUCGUCAUACUCUACGCAUCGCAAACCGGCAACGCCAUAGACGCUGCUGAACGUGUAGGCCGAGAGGCUGAGCAUGGGGGCUGCCCAGCUGUCGAGGUUCUCUCCACGGAUAGCUUUAAUCCCAGUUGUUUGCCUGACGAAAGGUUUAUGAUCUUCAUUGUGUCUACCAUGGGGCAGGGAGAUCCCCCAGAUUCCAUGAAGAAUUUUUGGAAAUACCUUCUCAGAAAUCAUCUGGGUGCGCGAUGGCUGAAAGGAUUGCAUUAUGCCGUGUUUGGGCUCGGCGACAAAAGCUAUAGGGAGUACAAUUUUCCUGCAAUCAAGCUCGAUCAAAGGCUUUUUGAUCUUGGUGCCAAACGAAUCACAGAGAGAGGCUUGGGAGAUGAUCAACAUUCUUUGGGAUACGAAGGAGAACUAGAUCCAUGGUUGUUAUCUUUGUGGACAUCCCUGAAUCGAACAAAUCCAUCACUGCUACCAAGAGUAUCUGACGCCAGUCAUCGUAAAUUAAAUAUUUUGGGGGAUGCAAAGGUAGAAGUCAUCUAUUACUCGGCUCCGCAAGCUACCGACAUUUCAGACUCCAAGAUAUUAAUUGAGAAAGCACGCUCAAUGUCCCCUGCUCUAAAGUGCCAUAAUAGCAGAGAGCCACAACACAUGUUACAAAUGGUAACAAAUCAGCGUUUGACUAAGGGAGACACUGACAGAGAUGUCCGCCACUUUGAAUUGGAAGAUCGGCGUUCUGCCAUCAGCUAUCAAGUUGAUGAUGUUCUAGAAAUUUUACCAAGUCAGAAUCCAUCACUUGUUGAUGAUUUCAUUAAGCGCUGUAACUUGGAUCCCGAUUGUUACAUUACAGUUCGAACAAAGGGUGGGGACAACGUUCCUAAAGAUCCCAUCAAGCUAAAGACCUUUGUUGCUUUGACAAUGGAUGUCACAUCAGCUUCCCCUCGGCGAUAUUUCUUUGAGGUCAUGAGCUAUUUUGCAACAGAUGAACGUGAAAAAGCAAAACUUCAGGAUUAUACUACUCCUGAAGGAAGGGGCGACCUUUACCGGUACAAUCAAAAGGAGAACCGGACUGUUCUAGAAGUAUUGGUGGAUUUCCCCUCGGUGCAAAUGCCUUUUGAAUGGCUGGUGCAACUGACGCCUCCGUUGAAGAAAAGAGCCUUUUCCAUUUCGUCGUCCCCCUUGGUCCACCCAAAUCAGAUACACUUGACGGUCAGUGUAGUAUCAUGGCUUACUCCUUGGAAGAGGGUGCGGCAUGGUCUCUGCUCCACAUGGCUAGCGGGGCUCAGUCCAAAUGAAGGCGAUCAACUUAUACCAUGUUGGAUACGCCGAGGAUCGCUGCCCCGCCCACGGCCAUCGGUUCCUCUCCUACUCAUCGGACCGGGAACAGGGUGCGCGCCGUUCCGCGCAUUCGUGGAGGAAAGGGCCGCACAGAGCGCGGCGGAUCCAACUACUGCUCCUGUUAUGUUCUUCUUCGGCUGUAGAAACCAAGACAGCGAUUUCCUGUACAAGGACUUCUGGCUGAAACACGCGCAGGGGCAAGGAGGGGUGCUGUCCCACGAAAAGGGCGGCGGUUUCUUCGCCGCCUUCUCUCGGGAUCAGCCUCGGAAAGUGUACGUGCAGGACAAGAUAAAGGAGCAGGGGGCGAGAGUGCUGGACAUGCUGUGCUCCGAGUCGUCCAAGGCUGCGAUAUACGUCGCCGGGUCUUCAACCGGAAUGCCCGCCGAUGUUACGGCGGCGUUGGAGGAAGUUCUGUGUCAAGAGGGCGGUGUUCCGCGGGAGGAUGCUUCGGGGUGGCUGAAGGAUCUCAAGAGGGCUGGUAGGUUUGUCGUUGAGACCUGGUCGUGA